AUGCACGAACGCAUUGACGCCUCGUGUCCACCCGAUGCCGAGAGCCUCUUUGAGAAUCAGCUUGCUGUGUUCCCGUCAAUGAGGGAAGAAGCAGCGCAGUGGCCGUUCUGUGAACUGCAGCUAUAUGGUGGACGUACGCUCGGCAGGAGUCCAUGCACGAACGCAUUGACGCCUGAUGGCGACCCACGUGAUCAGAUCUGCAGGACAUCUGCAAAAAUCAGUCAUUGUCUUUUGCUUGCGGCCUUUGGCACCCUUCUUAAAGGCUUGCCAAUCGACGGCAAACCGACAAGCUCUUCUGCCCGUAAUGCGAAUGUCGCACGCCUCGACGAGGCCGAGCCGACCCCCGUCAUUGCGCUUCCCCAUGCCCCAUUGGGCCACGGCAGGACCGCGUCGGUUGCUGGCAGUCCAUCCAGGUCGAAGGACACAGUGGUUAACGUGACUUCCCGCGUCACGAAAGUCGAUCCCGAGGAGCGGGGGAAGGAGGAGAUGUUGGAGGAGGCAGCGGGGACGAUGACAAAAUUGGUAGAAGGGGAAACUUUCGUCAGGAAUGCACUGGACGUGAACGAGCAGGCUCAGGAAUGGGCCUUACAGAUUUCCAGUUUUGACAAGAGCGGCGGAGCUCCAGAGGUGGAACGUUUUGCGGAUUUUGUGCGCCGUAAUGCUGAUCAAGCGCAUCGACCUGACUUGCACAUUGAUGACACACAGAUUGUCGCAAUCUUGCGGGAGUCUACCACACCCCCGAAAGCGGUGAGCCUAUUCGUGAAGCUUUAUGAAGUGGAGGGGAUGAAAGAUCACGCAGUACAACUACACCGCAAGCUAUCGCAUCAAAAUUUGAUGAACUAUGUGAGCAUGGAAGGGUCGUGGGAGAAGCUGGAACUGAAACCCGAGAAGGUUUUUGAGCUACUCGGUCUGGGUUCGAAAGAUUUGCUUUUUCAUCAGGAUCUUGUAUUUGAGUGGUUCAGGUACGUCAAGCGUUGUCAACAAACAGACAAAAAUUCAGCAGCACUCACUCAAGACCAAGCAUACACCCUUUUCUUCAAGGAUGGAGAGAAAUUGACCCCUGAGAACAAAGAGACGAUGAAGAAGUUUAUUGAAACUUUUUCGUCUUUCGGUGUGGAUAAAAAAGGUCGCGCUCAAGAAAAAGCAUACGGAGAAGUUCUGAGACGGGAGAAUGCACUUAAAAAUGCGGGUCCGGCGAAGGAAGGUGGCGCUGAGUUGAGCGACGCUUAG